CCCGACUUUACAACCCCCUAGCCCUCAUCUAAGGGUCGGCAUUUACUGGGUCAUCAUGGAUGACUAACAGAAUUCUAUCCUGCCUAUUUGGCAUGGCCUGUUCUAAUAUGAAUGAUUAGAUGCUUCCAAUAUUAUUGUCGAUAUGAAGAGACCAAUGUUCAUUCCCGUUUCUAUCUGUGAUACCAGAGACUUUGCUGCCAUGUCAAGUCUACCCACACCCCCCGUCUGCAAUGCCCGUAAGCACUCGUAUGACUUUUUGAGCAAUUCAGAUGCUUUCCUAUUCGGUGGUAUCUCCGCCACAAAGCGCCGAAGAGUGCUCUCAGUUGAGAUGGUUUCUGCUGGCCCAGCAUCGCCUCCAGCAUCCAAUGCUGGUGAUGAUGAUGCGGAGCUCAGUGAUGCAGAGUCAUCUGUGGACACAUACAUGACUAGCAAGCGGUCACUUUUCCAGACUCGUCAUGUUCGCCAUCUGACACCUACUUCCCCUUCUAUGCCCGAGAUCGUGUGCUUUGCUCCUCCUACUCAUGAGGAAUAUGAUUACCAUCCAGAAUUGGAUCAUUCGGAUGAUGAAGAUGAUGAGGAGGAUGAUCACAAGAUCAAUCAAGACAAGGAUAUGGCUGCGACCAUCGUUCCUUCUGAUUUGUUUGUGGUUGAAGCUGAUCAGGGGGUAGGCCAUAAUGCCUAUUUGUCAGAGGACAAUUAUUCCUCUUCAGAUGAUGAAGCUGAUUUUGGUUAUCAUUCCGGAAACCAAAUGCAGAUUGAUGCCAUGAGCUCUAGUGAUGACAGCGACUCGGACCUCUCUGAGGUUGAGGAUUAUGAGGCCCCUGUCAGACGUCGAGGUACUUGGCAUGGUCCUAGUAAGGAGGAGGUUGAAAGAGCUGCAGGCAGGAAAAUCAAGACCAGAGUCCCUGACACAAAGGUUGUUCUGCCAAUGCAGAAUUUGCAGACAGAGAAAAAGCAACAGCAGUUGGCUAACAAGGUCGAGUCCGCUACUGUCUCCUCAGCUGCUGCUUCCUUGUCUGCAUCCCCUGCUCCUUCUAUUUCUGCCAAAGCAUCAUCCGAUGCUCGAAAUGGCAAGCCUCUUACGCUUUUCCAGAUUUUGACCAAGGCAAACAUUGACUGGUGCCGAUACUGCGGCACGACUGAGGGUGUGAACUGGCGUCCUGGCCCAUGGGGCAAGCGCACACUGUGCAAUAAGCACGGCUGCGACUUCAAGGGAUAUGGCUUCGCCUGUAAGCUUCCUCGUUUAGACUUGACUAGCUACGCCCACGAGACUGUUGACCAGCGCAUCCGCCCAGUCUUGCAGCACUUCUGUCACGGUUGUCAAUCACAAGAGUCAUUUGCAGGCAACGUCAUGGUUCGUUGCGAAGGAUGUCCUAAGGCCUUCCAUCAGAAGUGCCAUGGUGAGACUCCUAUUCCUGAUAGCAUUGCGUUGUCGGAGAAGUCCUGGUUCUGCGAUGAGGCUUGCAAAGAAAAUGUCAAGAAGCGUCGCGUCUGUGUUGAGCUUCCCAAGAAGCGCUUGCCUCUUAUGUCUACUCCCAAGCCCGUCGCAGCUGCUGCCAUGGGUUCAUUGGCCGCAGCCGGUUCUGCGACUGAAAAAGGUCGUUCUCGUGGAAUCAGAGCCUCUAUCUCUGGAGAGCCUCUCUCUGCACGAUCCAAGUAAAAAAGGAAAAGAGGCAGAAAUCCAUGCUCCUCCAACCUUUUCUUCCUUUAUCAUCUAUUACUUUUAUUAUUUUGCUAUUUUAUUAUUAUUAUUACUAUUAUUAUUACUAUUAUUAUUUUUAUCCUUUUCCCUUCAUUGCCUCACCACUCGAACACCAAAAGAAAAUCAUUAAUACCGAAGUGUCUCU